GAUUGCUACAAAAUUCUCGGCGAUGGCCCGGAAAAGAGAGGUUUCACUUUCACAUUCGGACUUCGCACAUGCUAAUCGGACUUCUGCAGUGCUCUAGUCGAAAUAAAAAGAUAUGAUGAAUUUGCAAUGGUUUCCCCAACGGCAAUUAGAGAGGAUUAAGUUUGCAAACGAUAUUUACUGGGAAUGGUUGAGGCAACUAAUUAUGUAUGUUUGUUAUGUCUGUGAUAAAGAGUUUGGUGACUCCUCUCAGCUAGAGGUACACAACAGGACACAGAGGAGGAACCAAACAUGUACGCAUGUGGUGUCUGUGAUGAAGUUUUUAGCGACCCCUCUCAGUUAGAGGUACACACCAGGACACAUACAGAGGAGGAUCGCAACAUGUACAUGUACGAUGUCAACGAUUCGGCCAGGCUUAAAAUACAGACACACACAGAUGAGGGAUCAAACAUGUACAUCUGUAGGGUCGAAGACAAGGAUUUUUACGACUCCUCUCAACCAGAGUCACACACUGGGACACACACAGACGAGGAACAAAACACGAACGCGUGCUAUGUCUGUGAUAAAGAGUUUAGCGACUCCUCCCAGCUUGAGGUACACACCGGGACACACACAGACGGGGAACAAAACAUGUACACCUGUGAUGUCAGCGAUAGUGAAUUAAGUAUCUCCACUCAGAUAAAUGAUCCUAUUGGUUUAAAAGCAUGCUAUAAGUGUAGUGUAUGUGACGAAGGUUUUGAUGGGGCACUUCUCCUACAGACUCACACAAAGACCCACCGGACCGACCAGUCGUUUGAUUGCAAUGUCUGCGGCAAGAAUUUUGCUGAUGGUACAGAUCUUCACUACCAUCUUCAUGACCAUACAGAGAAUAUACCGUAUAAAUGUGAUAUUUGUAGCAAGACUUUUAGUCGGAAAGGUAGUCUCUACACACAUCUUAAAAGACAUAUAGGAGAAAAACCUCACCAAUGUGGAACCUGUGGAAAGGAAUUUGUUUUAAAACAUCACUUACAGCGUCAUUUAAGGACACACACAGGAGAACUUCCAUACAAAUGUGGUGUUUGUGGACAAGGAUUUAACGACGUGACAAACUUACGGAAUCACAUGAGGAAGCAUACUGGGGAGAGGCCGUUCAAAUGUGACAUAUGUAGCAGCUCUUUUGGCAAUGUUGGCACUCUCCAAAAACACCUGAAAAAGCAUGAGGGGGUGGCACCACCCAAAUGUAGGGAUUGUGGUUUGUGGUUUGGACUGACCAACGGUCAAGUAUCACUAAUGGGGAAAAAAACAGACAGGUGCAAUGCUUGUGUUAGGGAUUUGAAUCAAAACGUGGUAAAGAAAUCCUGCAAGUGUGAUGUCUGUGGUAAAAUGUUUGGGUGUUUGGCUCAUCUUGACCGACAUUCUAGAGUACAUACAGGCGAGAAACCAUGUAAGUGUGAUAUCUGUGGUAAAAUGUUUGGGUGUUCAGCUCAUCUUGACCGACAUUCUAGAGUACAUACAGGCGAGAAACCAUGUAAGUGUGAUAUCUGUGGUAAGGCGUUUAACCAGAUCUCUAGUCUACAGUUACAUCUCCAGAUACAUACAGAUAAACGUAGAAAGGAAAAAUCCUUCAAGUGUGACGAGUGUGGAAAGUGCUACAGUUCCUUUUCAAACUUACGGAUGCAUCUGAUGUCGCAUACCGACGACAGACCCUUUAAAUGUGACGUUUGUGGUAAGGGAUUUCUCUGUUCGUAUCGUCUAAAUAGACAUCGUGUUAUACAUGCCGCUGAGAAGCCACACAAGUGUGAGAUUUGUGGUAAGGGGUUUAGUCAGGCAGCCAACCUUCAGUCACACGCCAUGACACAUACUGGCGAGCGACCAUACAGGUGUGAGGUCUGCGGAGAAGGAUUUAGUCGAUCACGGUACCUUGAAGUUCAUGUCAAGACACACACUGGGGAAAACACUCCGUACGAAUGUGAAUUCUGUGAUAGAGUAUUUAAUCAUAAAGGUAGUCUUCAGACACACGUCAGGACACAUACAGGGCAGGCCAAGCGGUUUGAGUGUUACGUAUGUGGUAAGGUUGUUAACCAGUAUGCCAGCUUACAGUCCCACCUCAGGACACAUACAGGCGAGAAACCGUUCAUUUGUGACGUCUGUGGUAGAGGGUUCAGUGUAGGGUCGAGUUUACGAACACACAUCAGAAUACAUACAGGAGAGAAGCCGUACCAAUGUCAUGUAUGUGAGAAAGUGUUUACUCAGUGUUCUAGUCUAAAGACACACCUUAAGAUACAUAACCGUGACAACUAAGGCCACACCUUAAGAUACAUAACCGUGACAACUAAGGCCACACCUUAAGAUACAUAAUCAUGACAACUAAGGCCACACCUUAAGAUACAUAACCGUGACAACUAAGGCCACACCUUAAGAUACAUAACCGUGACAACUAAGGCCACACCUUAAGAUACAUAACCGUGACAACUAAGGUCACACCUUAAGAUACAUAACCGUGACAACUAAGGCCACACCUUAAGAUACAUAACCGUGACAACUAAGACCACACCUUAAGAUACAUAAUCAUGACAACUAAGGCCACACCUUAAGAUACAUAACCGUGACAACUAAGGCCACACCUUAAGAUACAUAACCGUGACAACUAAGACCACACCUUAAGAUACAUAACCGUGACAACUAAGGCCACACCUUAAGAUACAUAACCGUGACAACUAAGACCACACCUUAAGAUACAUAACCGUGACAACUAAGGCCAUAAUACUGUAUGUCUUGUCCCUGGGCUACAACUGAAAAAUACAUCAUAAGAUGUCAAUACCACACACCUGCUGUAUUAACCCGAGUUUCCUCUGGCCCUGACACCAUGUCUGGUGGUGUAACUAGACAUGGUGUCGGGGCCAGAGGAAACUUGGGCUAUUGCUGUAUCAGCUGAAUGUGAUUUGUUGCUAUUAUGACCAGAACUACAGACAGAAAAUAAGUAUGUGAUGUAGUCAGCUUCAUGUGAUAUAUUUGUUACAUAUUUGACUUGACACAUUUGUAGCAAUAGCUUGUUAGCUACACAUGUACAUGUAGGUUGGCGUCCACUGACAGCCAUGGCAAUUUUGAGUUAUACAAUUUACCGUGACCCCAGGAAAGUAAAAUUAAUUGUCUCAUGUAUCAAACUUAAAGCUUGGGUAAUUGUCCAGUCAGUAGUGACAUCCGUUUUGUAGAGCUGUAUAACAAUGUAAAUUGACAAUAAAAAGAUUUUAUUGCUUUAAGAUUCA